UCACUAAAGAUACGCUUGACAAUUGUUUUUUUUUUAUAUUUAGAGCCAUUUUAAUAGCCAAAAGACAGUUUUAAUAAAUACAUUUCGUGUUUCCCGCUGAAACGCUAAGUCACGUGUCAAAUAAAAGGUGUGACGUCACGAUGUAAUAGUCUUAGUGUAAACAAUACGUGAGAUUCGUUUAUUAUUCCAGAUUCUUUAAAAAAUGGCGUCAAAGUCCUAUAGAAUAUGUGCCGUUCCUUUGUGUCACAAUACAUGUAUCAAAACCCCUUCUAAAUUAUUUAUCCACGUGCCACAAUCGCAAAAUCUUCGUGUAAAGUGGCUGCAGUUAGCACGACGUGAUCCGACCAGUGUAUCACCAAAAUCCUCAAUUUAUUUUUGCGAGGAUCAUUUUGAUCUGCCCAAUGACAUGGAAAACUACAUGGAGUACAGUAUUAUGGGUUCUGUGUCGGCAAUACGAAUGAAACCCUCCUGUUUACCUUCUAGAUUUGAAUGUCAACCUGAUCGUUUGAAGAGAACGGCUAAAAGUGUGCCUCGGCCAGUGGCAGUAAAAAGACAGCGUGCAUCAUUAAUACAAGAAAUACUUGUACAGACAGAAACUGUGGAUACACCAUCCACUAGCAACAUAGGGACUGGAGAUUCACAAGUAAUGGAUGAAAAGUCAGAUCUCUUUGAAAUGAACCAAAAUAAAUCAACCCAAGUGUGUCCAGAAUCUGAAAAUAAAAUAGUCCAAGUAAAUUUUAAACCAAAAUAUAGAAGCAAGGGCUUACAGACUACCAGUUUCAGCAAACACAAAACAACAUCUACAGCAGACAGUGAUGAUCAAAAUAAAAAAAAUUUAGAGUCUGAACUAACAGUAAUAAGACAAGAAAAACGAGAGGAAUUUCACCAAUCAUCUCUUGCAAGUACUCUGAAACUAAUACAAGAUAAACCAAGGUUUUACAUUGGCAUAUUAAAAGAAUGUUAUUUUUUAGUGGACCUUAUAAAAAAACAUACUAUUAUUCCUGUUGAAAAUAUAUUGUUAUGCCUAAAAAAAAUAAGAUUGGACUCAAAAUUUGUAGAACUUGCUAAUCAGUUUGGUAUGUCAGUUUCUUAUGCCAACAGAAUUUUUAAGAAAAAUGUGCCAAUUAUUGCAAAAGCUCUACAUUGUUUUAUUAUAAAAUCUGAUAAAACUGCUAUAGAACUGAACUUACCAAUUGCUUUUAGGCAUAAAUACAGAAACAUUAAUUGCAUAAUAGACUGUCUGGAAAUUGAAAUCCAAAAGCCAUUAAAAUCUGUCAAUCAGGCUCUAACAUGGUCAGAUUAUAAAAAGGCCAAUACAAUAAAAUACCUUAUAAGUAGCACACCUGAUGGUAUUAUUAACUAUGUUUCUCCUGGUUAUGGUGGCAGGAUUAGUGAUGUAUGUUUGGUUGAAAACUGCAAGUUUCUAGAUCAUUUGGAACCUGGUGCGAUUGUACUAGCUGAUAGAGGAUUUAAGCAUAUUGAGCAACUAUUAUUACAAAAGGGAUGUAGUUUAGUGAGACCUCCAAGUUUAUCAGCUAAGUCCAAUUUAACCAAAGCUGAAGCUCGAAAAACUAAGGAGAUAGCAAGUUUACAGAUACACAUUGAAAGAGUCAUCCGAAGUCUAAGGGAGUUCUCAAUGUUAAAACCGCAUUCAGCUGUCAAUACAAAUUUAAUUAAGUUUUUGGACGAUUGCAUUAUUAUUGCAUGUGCCCUAAUUAAUUUACAAGGUUCCUCGAUUAAAAACAUUUGACAAAUAUAAACAAAAUUUAAAAGAAAACAUUUUAUUUUCCAAAAUAAACCUUUCUUUAAAUUACUCACAUACAUUUGCAAAAGAACUUGACUGCAAACAUUUCUGUGAUUGUUUUGUUACAUAUAAGAGAUAUAAAACUUUUUUGGCUCGUUGGACAUUUAAUUUCAAUAACUGUGUCACCCUUUUGAAAUACCAUCUGGUGAUGCAGCUACCAUUGAGAAUUUUUGGCUGAUAAUUAAACCACAUUUUGCAAU